AUGGCUGGAAACGUCGAAUCAACUUAUCAGCGUGAUUAUAUCCCACCAAGUGUAUUUUGGGAAAGGCUUAGGAGACUUGAGAAACAUGUAGCGCCACCUCCAUUGCCUGAAUGUCCACCACCAAUUCAAAGAAAGUGUUCAGACUUCAAAGAGUCUGAAUGGACUGGCAUAUCACCAAUGGGUGGGCUCAUUAAUAAAUGUAUUGUGCCUCCACCACCGCCACGCCGAAAGAAAAAGGUUAAAAUAGAACCUGAUAUUGCGCAGGAGUGUCUGGCUCAAAAUCCAUUUGAGUUCAUUCGAGUCUUGCGAACUUUUUAUCCAUAUUUGUAUGAAAAAUUGAAAGGAUUGCCACCAGAUAAGUUCUAUAAGACUAAGCACUUUUACGGCCCUUAUACAACUUAUCAAAUCGAUUUCGAUCACAAAAUUGAACUGCCCGACGAAGACAAGGAUGAGAGUGUAGAAAUUGCUUGCCAAAAUUUACGUAAACGGGUUAUGGAUAUAAUAGAUAAAUGUGCACCAAUACCUAAGGAAUAUUGUCCUAUUUUACGACCUAAGCCAAUUCGUAACUUCGAGUACUGUGGUGGUUAUAAAUAUCAAAGAGUCAACAAGGUUAGAAAUGAACCUUUUAGGCCUAAAUAUCGGUCUGAAUACAACACAACAAUUAAUAAAACGGCUUGUCUUAUCGUGGAAAAUAAUCUAAACGAUCACAGUAAAUGUGUACCAACCUGUCGUCAUAUACUAGAGCACCAUUGUCCUCACUUAAAUGCAUAA